UUGGCUUUCCUGCCACAAUCGUCACUCUCAUCUCUUCCUACGAAAUAAGAAAAAGUAAACGAUUUGUGGUUAUGUUGGCCUAUUUAAUAUCUGGGCCGUCCUCACCAACCUGGGCCUAUCAAUAGACGCCUCCUUAGUCAGUAGUAAUCUUCUGUCCAUUUAAAUAUAUCUAUCUCUAUCUAUCCAUAUAUAUUCAGUUGCAACUUGUGUUUCUUAAUAAUAAAUAAAUCGUCGGUUUUCGUUUAUCUCUCGAGCCUCUCGUCAAGAAGUAAAGAAGAAGUUGCAUAAUUAAUUGAUCCCAAACAGACUUAAAAAUACAAUCUUCGUCGCACACUCAAAUCCAACGAUUCCCCAAAACUUCAUCGACCCAGCUGGUUCUUACAAGGCUCAAGGAUUUUCCAAAAUCGAAGCAAUUCCAUGCGGUCUGGUACUAGCUCUUCCUCUACCUUUAGCAGCGGGGCCUCAAGCACCGGCAACUCGGGAAGCUCCUCUGCGGUUACUACGACGAGCCAGACAUCGAUGGACUCCCAGCCGUCAAGAGAAUUGAAGAAAGUGAUCGCCUGGCCACCCAAGAAUGUUCUCAAUCCGAGCGCCGGUCUGGACGAUUUUGGGCGGGCAUAUCUCAAUUUGAUCGGCUAUCUGAAGACGGUCUGGGCCUCUCGUGAGGGGAAGAAGGCCGGCCGGGAGAGCAAGAUCAAGAAACGCUCCGGAACCCGGCCCACUCGCGCCCUCGAGCUCCAACUCAAGCUUCAGCAGGAACGGAUUCGCUGCGAAUGGCUCGCCGAUGGCCAGCCCAGUUGGCGCGUUCAUCGAUCUGUCGACCCCUAUGGCCCCAUCGAUCUCCCACAGCCCGACCUCGCCAAUAAAAAUCUCUUGUCCACUUCCCCGCUCGGCUCGAUCCAUCCGCCACCUUCUCUACAAGCCGCCAAAUAACCUGUCGACGAGGCUUUCAAGCUUCUUUUGUUUUGAAAUAAAAUUAAAUCAGACUCAUUUUUUUUAAAAACAUGUAUUGGGCAUGAAUUCUUCCCGGCCGAGUGAUCAUAAUGAAACAGUGGACACCUUUUUUCUCGGCAUCCUCCUACAAACGAUUACUUAACCCUGCCGUAAAUAGAAAAAAAAAACAUCAUCAUCAUUAUCGAUUAUCCUACUUC